AGUACUUUGUAGAGUCAAACAAGUUUCAGUACAAGAUAUUGGACUUUUUCCCUCCUCACCUAACUUAGCUUCCUCCUGUCAACCGGAGAACUCGCCGGCAACACCGUCACCAUCACCAUCACCACAACCAAAACCCAGUCACUCUGUUUCUUCCUUCCAACGAAAACAAAAACCAGAGAGAGAGAGAAACAGAGUUUGUUGAAUGGUGUGAGCGGGUUCAGAAUCACAGCGCGCAUGGGAAACUGCAACGCGUGCGUGAGACCAGAGUCGGUAGAAUCGAACCGGACGGCAAGCGAGUCGAACCGGGGGCGGAGGAGGAAAACCAAACCGAACCCAUACUCAGAGUUGGGUGUGGGUGCGGUGGGAGGAACCGAGGCAACGAUCCGGGUCCUGAAGGAUGCGAACCCGCGGAGCCGAAUCUGCGACAAGUAUGUUCUCGGUCGGGAGCUUGGUCGGGGCGAGUUCGGCAUAACCUACCUCUGUACAGACAAGGAAACGAAGCAGGAGCUGGCGUGUAAGACCAUCUCGAAGCGGAAGCUGAGGACGGCGGUGGACGUGGAGGAUAUCCGGCGAGAGGCGGAGAUCAUGUCCACGCUGCCGGACCACCCCAACGUGGUGAAGCUCAGGGCUACCUACGAGGAUGAUGAGAAUGUUCACCUUGUUAUGGAGCUCUGCGGCGGAGGAGAGCUUUUCGACCGGAUUGUUGCACGGGGGCAUUACAGCGAGAGGGCGGCUGCACACGUGGCGAGGACUGUUGCGGAGGUUGUCAGAAUGUGCCAUGCCAAUGGGGUUAUGCAUAGAGACCUUAAGCCUGAGAAUUUUCUCUUUGCUAAUAAGAAAGAGAAUUCAGCUCUUAAAGCUAUUGAUUUUGGACUGUCUGUGUUUUUUAAACCUGGGGAGAGGUUUUCAGAGAUUGUGGGGAGUCCUUACUAUAUGGCACCUGAGGUAUUGAAGAGGAAUUAUGGACCUGAGAUUGAUAUUUGGAGUGCUGGUGUGAUUCUUUAUAUCUUGUUAUGUGGGGUGCCUCCGUUUUGGGCAGAGACUGAACAAGGGGUUGCUUUGGCGAUUUUGAGAGGGGUUAUUGACUUCAAGAGGGAGCCUUGGCCUCAGAUUUCGGAUAGCGCCAAAAGCCUUGUGCGGCAGAUGUUGGAACAGGAUCCUAAGAAGCGCUUAACGGCUGAACAGGUGCUUGAACAUUCCUGGCUACAAAUUGCAAAAAAAGCUUCAAAUGUACCAUUAGGAGAUAUUGUGAGGGCAAGGCUUAGGCAGUUCUCAGUAAUGAAUAGAUUCAAAAAGAGAGCUCUUCGGGUAAUUGCGGAACAUUUAUCCGUUGAAGAGGUAGAAAUAAUCAAAGAUAUGUUUACCUUGAUGGAUACUGACAAAGAUGGCAGAGUAUCAUAUGAGGAGCUGAAGGCUGGUUUGCAGAAGGUUGGUUCAAAAUUGGCUGAGCCAGAGAUAAAGUUGCUGAUGGACGUGGCUGAUGUUGACGGGAAUGGAGUACUUGACUAUGGAGAGUUUGUAGCUGUGACGAUUCACUUGCAAAAAAUGGAGAAUGAUGAGCAUUUCCACAAAGCAUUCAUGUUUUUUGACAAAGAUGAGAGCGGUUAUAUUGAGUUAGGUGAGCUAGAGGAAGCCUUGGCAGAGGAUUCAGGAGAAACUGAUACUGAUGUAUUGAAUGAUAUCAUGCGUGAAGUUGACACUGACAAGGACGGUCGCAUCAGUUAUGAGGAGUUUGUGGUAAUGAUGAAAGCUGGAACUGACUGGAGAAAAGCAUCUAGACAGUAUUCAAGGGAGAGAUUCAAGAGCUUGAGCAUAAAUUUGAUGAAGGACGGCUCGCUUCAGCUUCAUGAUGGGAUUAGUGGCCAAGCUAUUGUGGUUUGAGUACAAAGUUUUUUUUUUCUUUCUGUAACCUUUGUGCUCACCCAGCUUCGCUUUUCCUUUCACCACUUGCUGUUCUUGAAAGUAUGGUUUGUGUAAUCUCUUCGUGAAAGCAAGCAAGUUUUAGGUUAAAGCGUUUUGAAGUGCUGAUUGCUGUGAGUUGGAGUUGGCUUUGAUGUUAGAUGCCUGAAGCAUGCGUUGGAGAAUUGCAUACUGGAGAAGUUUUAUAGCUUGUCAGCAAAAGUUGUGGGGGCACAUGCUGCAGGCCUCAAAAGGUCACAUAUUCUUUGUAUAUCUUUGUCCUGUUAUUAAUCUGAUAAUUUCAUUGGUAAAUGUGAUUUUUCUAAAAGCAUAUGUUUGGUUACCCGGUGAAAUGCUGAGAUACUCUAGAAUUACUUAUGGUUAGAGGCUUUGUAGGCUUAGGUUUUGUAUAUUGGAUUCUGUGUAAAUUGUAUAACCAAACCUGUAUUAGCUUGUGGAUGGAAAACCUGUUUGGAAUGGCGUUGUGAUUUUGUCUCAGUGCUGGCUUUUGGAGAAGUUUAGUUGUCAGCAGGUUAAAGCAAUUCAAUUUGGAUGCCCAUUUUUUCCCCUUUUCA